UACAUGAAAGUGUCUCUCUGGCUCUAUCCUCAAAAGCAAUCAGCUCCACCAUGGAUGAGAUCGACACAGAAGGCAGCAGCAACAAAACACCUUCAACCGAAGUCCCUCGAUGGACGCCAAAGGCAAGCCCAUCAAGAUCACUCCUGAAAGAGGCCGUGACAAGUGCCGGAGUUGCUGAUUUAGAGAUGCAAAGGUCGACAAGCGUAGCUUCUGAAGAUGCCGAUGGCGAUGGCAGCUUGUCCUCUACUGUGGACAAGAUUUUCCCAUUUACCAUUGCCGGCUUCAAUCCUGGCCGUCCGCAGUCGGAUAUUCAUGAAGCAGCGCCGUCUCUAAGGUUUGGUUCCGAAGUUGCAGGAAAUUACGUUCGUGCUGGUUCUGUGUCAAAGAGGGAGGGCGUCUUCUUGACAUGGAAGGAGCUGCGGGUUACGGUGGGCGAUGGGAAACGAGGGCGCUUGCCGAUACUUCAGGGGCUUACUGGGUACGCUCAGCCCGGAGAGGUACUGGCCAUCAUGGGUCCUUCUGGCUGUGGCAAAUCAACUCUUUUGGAUUCUUUGGCAGGGAGGCUAAGUUCCAAUACACAGCAGACUGGGGAGAUCUUGGUAAACGGACGCAAAGAAACACUUGCUUUUGGAACUUCGGCGUAUGUGACUCAGGAUGAGAGCUUAAUGACAACGCUAACAGUAAGGGAAGCUGUAUACUACUCGGCACAGCUCCAACUGCCUGACUCAAUGUCAAGAUCCGAGAAGAAGGAAAGGGCAGAGAUGACUAUAAGGGAGAUGGGUCUGCAAAACUCCAUGGAUACAAGAAUAGGAGGCUUGAGCGUGAAAGGUUUGAGCGGUGGGCAAAAAAGGAGGGUGAGCAUUUGCAUUGAAAUCUUGACGCGCCCGAAGCUCCUUUUCCUUGACGAGCCUACAAGUGGGCUGGACAGCGCAGCAUCUUUCCAUGUCAUGAGCCGCAUCACCAAGCUAGCUCGUCAGGAUGGAAGAACUGUUAUCGCAUCAAUCCAUCAACCGAGCAGUGAAGUUUUUGAGCUCUUCAGCAACCUCUGCCUCCUUUCCACUGGCAUGACAGUCUAUUUCGGCCCCGUUUCAAUGGCAGAAGAGCUUUUUGCUUCAAAAGGCUUCCCAUGCCCAACUUUGAGAAACCCAUCUGAUCACUACCUUAGAACUAUCAACAAGGACUUCGAUGCAGAUAUCGAAAUAGGUUCUAAUGGCAUGACAAGCACCGAGGAAGUCAUAAAUAUUCUCGUCAAGUCAUACAAGUCAUCUGGAACUUUCCAACAAGUUCAGCAAGUGUUGUCUAAGAUAUGCCAACAGAAACAAGGAAGUUUGGAGAAUAAGGGAAGCCAAACAAGCUUCAUUACCCAAUGCCAAGUUCUGACAAGGAGAUCGUUUGUGAACAUGUAUCGUGAUCUAGGCUAUUAUUGGCUUCGCCUUGCAAUCUAUAUUGCUCUGUGUUUAUGUGUUGGGACUAUUUACCAUGACAUUGGCUUCACUUUUGGCUCAAUCCAGGCUAGAGGUUCAAUGCUGAUGUUUGUUGCGGCCUUUCUCACUUUUAUGGCAAUUGGUGGAUUCCCUUCUUUUGUGGAGGACAUGAAGAUAUUUGGGGGAGAAAGAUUAAAUGGGCACUACGGUGUUGGCGCGUAUGUGAUUGGAAACACAUUAUCUUCUAUUCCUUACUUGCUCAUCAUCUCUUUAGCUCCUGGAGCAUUAGCUUAUUACCUUGUUGGCCUUCAAAAGAGCUUCCAACACUUUGCUUGCUUCGCAUUGCUACUCUUUGCGUGCAUGAUGUUGGUCGAAAGCCUAAUGAUGAUCGUCGCGAGUAUAGUGCCAGAUUUUCUCAUGGGUAUCAUCACCGGUGCCGGAAUACAAGGCGUGAUGAUGUUGAAUGGAGGUUUCUUCCGGCUACCAGACGAUCUUCCUAAGCCUUUCUGGAGAUACCCAAUGUACUAUAUUGCGUUCCAUAAGUAUGCAAACCAAGGAUUCUACAAGAAUGAGUUUGAAGGAUUAACGUUCCCUAAUAACCAAGCAGGAGGGCCUCCCACCAUCACUGGCGACUAUAUCUUGAGAAAUACUUGGCAAGUGGAGAUGGGCUACUCCAAGUGGAUUGAUCUUGCUAUUUUGUUGGGAAUGGUGGUAAUAUAUAGGCUCAUGUUUUGGGGAAUUAUAAAGACUGUCGAAAAGGUUAAGCCGAUUUUUAAAGCUCUUGGAGCUAGGCCUCCAAAGUAUUCACAAUAGAGCAUCGACAACUCUUGAUAUAAUAAUGCUCUAGCUUGAAGUGUGUAAGAAGUGCUCUAGUCGUUUUGAGUGAAUCAAUAAUUAAUACUUUGUUCUUCUGAUCCUUCUUCAAUAAAGAUGUUUGUACUCUGCUUGAAUUGCAGUUCAAGGAUAA